AUGAGUCCUCUCACACUUGUCGUCGACAUCCCUAACAAUGCUGCGACCAUCCCUGGCUCUGGCAACACCCCUAUCGCUUUCACCCACACAGCGGACGUGGGCAGGUUUGUGGCGGCAGCUUUAGACCUUGAGAAAUGGGAGACCGAGACAUUUGUUGUUGGGGACAAGGUGACCUGGAAUGAAUUUCUACAACAUGCGGAGGCUGCUAAAGGCACGAAGUUUGAUGUCACCUAUGACAGCAUCGACAAGUUGAAGACUGGCCAGGUGACGGAGCUCCCCGGCCAUGUUCCUGUGUAUCCAUUUUUCCCCAAAGAAGCCUUGCAGGGAAUGAUUUCUAUCUUCGGCCUAUGGUUUAAUGAUGGAACCUUUGAUAUCCCUCCAUCAGGCACAAAGACACUCAACGAAGUAUUUCCGGAAAUCAAGGCUUGGACUGUCAAGGAUAUCCUCAACGCCGCUUGGAAAAAGGGUUGA